AUGCGCCCCAGCUUCCUCUUCCCCCUUUUUGCUAUCCUAGGUGCCUCUGGUGUCCUCGGCGAUACUCUAUACCCCAGAGCAACUGUUAACGGUAGAUGUACGGGCCUGGGUGGUGUCCCCGGUGUCUGCAUCCCCACCGCAAAGUGCAAGUCUGGCGGAGGAACAUAUAUUGACAACGCCUGCCCAGACACCCCGGACGACGUCAAGUGUUGUAUCAAGGCUUCAUGCGGUAACAAUGGCGGUACCUGCAAAUGGACGAACCAAUGCAGCAGUGGCAAUACUCAGAGUGGCCUCUGCCCGGGGCCAAACGACUUCAAGUGCUGCCUGCCCAAGGGCAGUGAUGGACCAUGGCCCACACCUGCGUUCCCUGCAGUUGGUGAAUGUAAGAAGAAGUCGGUGGAUGGCGCGAAGAAGAUUGUCAGUGCCCAUAAGGGCAAGGUCCGCCAGAUCUAUUGCAUUAGACAAUGCGUAGACCCCACAUCUUCCGAACAUUGCGUCGGAUUAGCGGUUGAUUUAAUGUGUUCGCGAGCAGGUGGCGUUAAAACGACUGCUGGCGAGCCCAUUGCCGAAUGGGUGAUGAACAACCGCAAGGCGCUCGACCUGAAAUAUGUCAUUUGGGGGCAACGAAUCUGGAACCCUGACAGAGAUAGCGUCAAACCCUGGUCACAAUGGAGGAAAAUGGACAACCGGGGAACUAUCACGGCCAACCAUUGGGACCAUGUUCACGUCAGCUUCAACUCAUAA